GAUGGUUUAAGCGACGGUCAAAACUUGGUCAAAACACAUCCGGUCUAAGCCACUUUAUUGUUUAGAACAGCGGGAGCGGUCAGGGCAUGCUGCAUAUAAAAGAGCCUGUGGCGGCGUCCAUGUUCCUCCUCAUCCCCCACUAGCAAAACGUGAUAACGGCCACAACAUCCGAGACAAUACUAAUUAUCCACAGUACCGACUUUCUUUUACCGUGGACGUGAACUGUGUGGUGUUUUAUCAUCUACCCAUUGAUAAUCUUGACACUAAAAAUGCCCAUAGGACCCAUAUCUCUAGGGAAUCAUGUUGUACUCCUUUAAUCCUAAAAACCUACCUUUCGUGGGCAAGGGAAGACAGAAAGCCAUGAGUUUGACCAAGGCUAGGAAAAAAGAACGAUAUUUGAUGGAGGAAAUCGAUCCCGCGGCUCUAGGAAUCGAUGAGUUGAAUAGCGAUAAGCAGUCCAUGGACUCGGAUGAUACAUAUGGCAAAUCGUUACCAAGUCACUCCUUCACUGGUUCUAUGACGAUUUCGAAAGGCUACGCCAACAUCAAGCGAACACUCAAAGCUGUUCCUCGAAAACCGCAAAGAAUGCACUCCCGGAAGAUGCAGCACCACUUCUCUCAGGCUUAUGGCUCCACUAAUACUUCCACAAAGCUCUCAUCUGCUUCGACGACGCUAAAUGAUUUUACGGGUCCCGUGUGUUAUGUAGGACCUUCUAUUGAUCAUGAUCUAUCGACGAAGGUCAAGACUCAUCUCCACAUCACCGAGGAUGAUAUUCUAGCUGCAGUGUCAGAACCGUCUGGUCACCACACAAAAUGCAGGGUACAUGCACCAGAUGUCGAUGACGGUAAUCCCGUCCCAUGCAAGAUUUUCCGGUGUCCGCGGUGUUGUACUGGUAACCAUUCCGUGGGCGACAAUGGACUGAACCUGAAUACGACUGCUCUGGAAACACGGAAGACCCAGAAUGGUCAAAUUAUGGAUUCUACGGGAGAGGAAGAAUUUUAUUCUCACAAAAUCUGUUACUUUCCUUGCGACUCUACGUCCGCUCCUUCUAGCAACAACAAGACAUCCUCUGUUUUCAAUGGAGAACCCAAACACACAGAUGCGCGAUUGAAGAAUGAUGUUGAGGAAGGCACUGGUAUUCGUAAGGCCUACCGUCCCACUCAGACCCUAGUGGGCGUUAGCUCUAGUGAGGCCAAAGUAUCGCCAAACACAGCCUCAUUUCCACUCCUUGCUGUAGUCGAUGUCGUGCCGAUCGAGCAUCUGGGACCAUCGACAGAAAGAGUUGCAUCUAACAGCGACUUUGCCGCAUGCCAGGUUGAUGAGAGACACGUGGCAUUGCUGUCUAGUCUUAUUCUACCCUCAACCGCGCUGCAUGAUUGUCACUCAGCAAAAGAUGGACCCAACUUACUUGCAAACAACGGCAUCUCGUCCCUCACAUCGACACUUCCAGUUCCUUUUAUGAAUUGCUCAUCGUACGAGGCAGCCUUCAAUCCUUAUUCUCUGGCUUUUCCCAACCUACCUGAACAAGUGCCUUUUGCCGAGCAGCCAGUUUCCACGUUUUCAGGACCCUCGCUCAGUGCCACUACGUACGACAGGUCUACUGCGGGGUCAUUUUGCUCUGGACCUUUCAUUUCCAACUCGCUUGACAUCUCUUCUGAUCACGCAUCUUUUGUCAAUAACGGCGAUGUCCGCGCUAAUGAAGGUCCCCUUCCGCAACCACAAUGGGUUGACUAUUCUGAUCGCACUGACGUAGAAAUGAUAGAUGCUGUCAUUAAACCCACGAGGCCCUUCCUUAACUUCCCUCCUCUUGAUGUCACUGCGAUGCACUAUGCUUGUACCUAUGAACCUCCAGCUGCAAUUACCGUAUCUGGCGGAGCCUCAACGUAUGUGUCUGCAGUCGGCCCUAGCUCCGAAGAAUUUUCUACGAACGUCGAAGCUAGCUAUUCUCAGCCUGUAUUGGAUUCUACCGCACGUCAUUCUCCUAUAGAUAUCGGACCUUCAGCUAUUCAGUCUGAGCUUAGCCAUAUUUCGCAUUGGUCAUCUAGCAUUCUUGGAGCACACUCGGCUGUAUUUUCAGCGCCCACACGAGAACAACCUACCGACUUCCCUGGUUCUAGAUACCCCUGUUCUGGCCUUUCUGAGAUAUCAUCAGAGGAGCAAAAUGUUUACGGGAUUACCGCUCGGGAACAAGAUAUACCAAGGACCGCCGGAAAAGCCAAUACACUUAACAGCACUCUCGAGAACGAGGAAACAUGCAAGUUCUGCAGACCUCAAUGUCGACGUUCACGAACACGCUGCAUCCCAGUCCAUUCCUGCCUCAAACACAGUGAUCCAUGCAAAGACCGUUGUGCAGCCACCUGGACACUUUGACGAUACCAUUACCUCGGUCCGUCGCCAACCACAGUACAUCACCCCGCCGGCACUGAGCAUCACUGGGAGAUGCUCUGAUGGAAAAGAAACUCAGACAGACAUUGAUGCGACGCCCGAACCAGACGACGAUACCAAGACUGAGCCAGACGACGACGCUAAGACUGAGCCAGAUGAUGGGAUCAAUGAGAAGAAUGUGAACGCCGAAGUACUUGCUCACGCUAUACUCGACAUUCCGCUUC